ACAAGAAAAUCACAAAUCAGUAAUCACAAGAAAGAAAACGAUGAAAAUAGAAGCUAAGUUAGUAGUAGGAGUACUUAUCCUCCCUCUAAUCUUCUUAGUAAACCAAAGUGAAGCACAACAAUGUGGUUCACAAGUGGAUUACAAGAGAAACUGCACAGAGGGAUUUUGCUGCAGUAAUUAUGGGUAUUGUGGUACCACUAAUCUUUACUGCGGUGAAGGAUACUGCCAAAGCCAAUGUCCUGUACCUUCACCUCCUACACCUCCACCACCUCCACCACCUCCUAUGCCACCAAGUCCUAUCACCGAUAUAUUUUCCGAAGCAACGUUUGAAGAAAUGCUUCUGCAUCGUAAUAAUGAUGCAUGCCCUGCUAAAGGCUUCUAUACUUACUAUGAUUUCAUUACUGCUGCUACUUCAUUUCCCGAGUUUGCUAAUAUCGGCGAUGUCGAAACUAGGAAGCGAGAACUUGCUGCUUUCUUUGGCCAAACCUCUCAAGAGACCACUGGAGGAUGGCCGACUGCACCCGAUGGACCAUAUGCCUGGGGGUAUUGUUUCAAGAAAGAACAAACUACAACUAGUUACUGUGUUGAGUCAACUGAAUGGCCUUGUGUUCCAGGCCAACUGUACUACGGCCGUGGACCUAUGCAGCUUUCAUACAACUACAACUACGGGCCAGCAGGAGUUGCACUAAACUUGCCGCUUCUUUCUAACCCAAAUUUGGUAGAAAAUGAUGCAAUUAUUGCGUUCAAGGCUGCACUUUGGUUCUGGAUGACGCCUCAAGCACCCAAGCCAUCUUGCCACGCCGUCAUGACCGGGCAAUGGGUACCAACUCCAGCAGAUAUAGCCGCAAAUCGAUUCCCUGGAUUAGGGGUAACCAUUAACAUUAUUAAUGGUGGUCUCGAAUGCAACAUCCCAGCCCCAGAUACCCGAGUCGAGAAUCGAAUUGGAUUUUACAAGCGCUAUUGUGAUAUCCUUGGGGUUAGCUAUGGAGAGAACCUUGAUUGCUACGAUCAACGUCCUUUUAAUUGGGGUAGUCUUCUCUCGCAGGUGGUAGAUCAGUGAUCAGUGUUCUUUUAUGUUUAUUAGUACUCCAUGUAUCACUAAAACUAGAUGAAGAUCUACUCACUCCGUUGUCUGUUUUCCAAUAAUCAACGUAAUGGUUGUAUGUAUCAAAACCUUUGCUACAAACAGAAGAUGAUAAUAAUGAAAAAGGUUGUGUUGCACUGUCUCUUCAA